UCGGUCGUUCGGCCUUUCCGUCGGUCGGCUGGCAGUGUUUCGCGUCAACCGGACUCGAACGCAACGCCGCCAACUGCGCCGCUCCAACCCACCACCCUGUUCCGCUCCACCCCGUUUUGCAGCCACCAUCCACUGGCACUGGCACGGCACUGACGCUGGCGUUCUUAUUAGAUUUUAUGGCGGCUCCGACUUAGAACACAAACAACAAGCGCAAGCACAGCACAGCACAUCGACGGACGGUCGUUUGGCCGCGCCUUUGGCCGUUUCAGUUGCCAUCCGUUUCUUCGUUCUCGCGCCGUUAGAAUCGCACUGGCGCAGUCGCUCCGCUGCCGACGUCGCUGCCGCUGGCUGACUUAUUGGCUUUAAGCGAAUUUGAACGUCGCUCGAACUUUUAUUCAACGUGUUGGAUUCAUCGUGUGAGCAACUCUGAAUCGCUACAAAUGCGCAGCGGAAACUGAAAGCUAAAAAACACAAGCCGAAAACACAAAACACAACCCCCUGAAUAAUACAAACUAAGCCCCCAAAAUCCGCGAUACGCAAGUGUUAAAUACGAUAUUCAAUUCAAUAAAAACGUACAUAGUAAACAUAGUAAUACAUAAUAGUUCGCCUUAAAAUCUAAGAGAUUUAAUCAUAUUUUUUUGAAGUGUUGAACCCAUUAAGUGCUUUAAUCAACAACUACCAAAAUGCCUUGCAAAAGCGUCACGCUUUAGUGGUACCAAAACCAAGUGUUACAAGUCCCCACCCUUUUCGCAAAGCCCCCUAUUCAAAACUGAUAGCAGGGUAGACCCAAACAGGUGUCCGCCUGCCGAAAGGCCAACGAAACGCACCAGCGACAAUCAGAUGGGCAGAACUGCUCUUGGAGUGAGAGAGAGAUUUCCCAACAGCUCAGCUCAGUGUGGUGCAGACCGGCGAUUCUUGCAUUUAUUGAUUCGAUGCCAAUGUGAAGGGAGGUGCCGGCUGCUCGACGUUCAACGCAUUCGCUCGGCCUUAGCGCUCUGAGCAACAACAUAAGUCGGGGACCUGAGCCGAUGGAACCGAUGGAUCGACCCUACUCCUCUGCCGGCCCCCAAUCGAACCCCAGAACCCCAAUCGAACCGACGGAAACACUCUAGAGAGCAAGAACUCUUCGAGUUUGACAUGUGAUAAGCGAUAAAGUGUGAAAAGUGUGUGCCUCUAUUACCCCAAUCUAUAUAUACAAAUACACAUAUACACAGGAGAUAUAUAGAAGAAAACUUUUUGAACUGUCCAACAAAAGAAAUGCAACGCGUAGGCCUUUAACUGUGAUCUAACAAUACAUAGCAAACAAAAAAGAAAAAACCCCAGUUCGUUACGAUUAAUUUUAGUUCGGUUUAGUUUUUCGCUUUAUUUACCGUGCGUGCAACCGUCAACCAUGUUCAAUUGCAACAUACCGGCCUCCUCGCUGCUGAGCAUCGACAGCGGCGGCCUCCUGAUGGGCGGCCAUACGCCCAAGACGCCAGAGAUCCUCAACUCGCUAAUUGCCAUGACCAAUCCGCUGGAGAGCUUCAGCUACACUUCAGCAGCGGCGGCGGCGGCGGCGGCGGCAUCCUCAUCUGCAUCCUGCAGUGCCGCCACCACGCCGGUGGUCACCGUGCGCCAUUUCAAUGGUCAUCCCAAUGGUCAGUCGCACUCGCAGGACAGCAGUCAUUCCAGUUGCUCCGGAUCACCGCUCGACUCCCCAGCGGGCACGGCCACCACGCCCAGCGUGCAACAGACCUGUUCGCGCCUGAUCAAGGAGGGCCUGAAGCUGUCCAUCCAGAGCAAGCGCAAGCUGUCCACCUGCGACUCAAGCUCCGGAUCGGAGCAGCCGCACUCCAAGUACUCGCGACGCAGUAGCAACCACAACGGGCACAGCGGCAGCAGCAACAACAACUACAGCGGCAGCAUGAGCAACGCCAACGAUUUGGACGACGACUGCGAGGAGUCGAGCGAUGACGACAGCGAGACCAAGUCGCAACCCAAGGGCCUUACUCCGGAGGACGAGGACCGACGGCGAAGACGCCGCGAACGGAAUAAGAUUGCGGCCACCAAGUGCCGAAUGAAGAAGCGCGAACGCACACAGAAUCUGAUCAGGGAGUCGGAGGUCCUGGACACCCAAAAUGUGGAGCUGAAGAACCAGGUGCGUCAGCUGGAAACCGAACGCCAAAAGCUGAUGGACAUGCUGAAAUCGCACGGUUGCCAGCGAGCCGGAGGCUGCCAAUUGCCUAGCCAACUGCUCCAAUCGCCGGCCCAGAAGUACCUCAGCGAACUGGAACUGGAAACGGUGAGCAACGACGGUCCCAACUCCGGCAACAACAACAACCAGCGGCUGCAGAGCAUACCCUCGAUGGCCACCUUCAAGUAUGGCUCCAAAACGGCGGCGGCCAUGGCCCAACAACUGCCCACUGGCUACUGCAAGCCGUCGCCCAGCGCCCAGGAAUUCGAGCAUGCCGGCUACCAGCAGCAGCAGCAGCAGCCACAGUCCCUGAAUCCCGCCGGCAGCAAUGUGGUUGACCAGCAGCAGGCCAAUCCCAGUCCCAGCCUGAUUUCCGACUACGUGCCCAACUGCGACGGCCUGACUGGCAGUGGCAGCAGCCAUCCCAGUCACAACAGCAGCAGCGGCGCCAGCAGCAACACCAGCAAUAACAACAGCAACAUCAGUAGCCACAGCAGCAACGCCACGAGCAGCACAACGCCCACCGCCACCAGCAGCGCCAUUGAGUUUGUGAAGAACGAGCUGGUGGACUCGCAGAGCCCCUACACCACCGCCCUCAGUGCGGAAAGGUUCCUGUUUGAGCCCAGCGAUGGUUUUCCGGACAUCAAGCACGCCUGUGUUUUGCCCUCGCCCUGCGGCAUCAAUGGCAUCAACAUGGCCAGCGUGGUGAACACGAGCGGGAGCACCGGCAACAAUAAUAACAACCAUAAUAAUAACAACAACAAUAACCACCUGAUGGACUUUCACCAGGGCCUGCAGCAUGGCCACAUUGGGGCCGGAGUGGGCGUGGGAGUUGGAGUUGGUGUGGGAGUCGGAGUGGGCGUGGGCGUGAUGACCCCCUACGAUGACGAGCAGUUGCUGCUGCUGAAAAACGGAUGCUUUGCCACCGAUCUGCUGUCCCAACUGGUGGAGGAGGGCGGCGAGUACGUCGACCUGGACUCAGCCACCGCCUUCAUGAACAACGGCAGUUGCCUGGCGUGAGGAAGGGCGCCGGACAGGGAGCGGGAUCGAGACCGCGACCUGCUGCUACCAGCCUUCGAACAGCCAAACAACAGUCAGCAACAGCAGCAACCAGACCAAUACCCGGCCGGGAAGGAAGAGCCACCGACCAGUCCACAACUUGACGGGCAGGUGGAACUCGAACUCGAAAUGGAGCUGCAACUCGGAGAGGAACAGGAUCCGGCUUGGACUCAUAUAGACUACUGGUGCUAGGGCAUCAUCCACAUACUAAUGUUAAUCUUAAACGCCACUCAUCGACUAAGCAGGAGUACAGAAAGAGAAGCCGCAGUUCCCUCCAAGACCCACAACCAGUCCGUAGCGAAGAUCCCAUCCAAUACGACCCCUGUUAUCAGUUAUAACUGAAGCUUUCUUCAAAGACAAAGCAACACCUUUUUCUCUAGCCUACAACUUUCUUACAUAGAAUUGAAAGCAGACCAAAAUAGUUUCGCAUCCUUAAUUUUUUUAGCCACUUCUUACUAAAUUUCGGAUUCUUUUACCCUAAGGCGCUCUCUGUGAUCGCUAAUUUUUUAACACACGCAAUCCAAGUUCUUCCAAUAGCAGAGUUCCCCCAAAGGUCCGGAUCCCGCGAUUCAAUCAAGGACCACUCGAAUAAAACCCCAAACCCGAGAUACACCCAGCCCCCAAAAGAAAACCCCCCCCAUACCUUGAUCCCAAGUCCGCCUGGAGCCGGCAUCCAGCCUGUGGCUUGACUACCUCAUGAAGCAAGAAGCAGAAACAAUUAACAAGUAACUAUCAUUAAAGAGCUGUAAGGAGUAAGAUGUAAAGAACGUAGAACAAUGGACAAAAAGCAGAGGCAGAAAAAGCAGAAGCAGAAGAAGCAGAAACGAGAGCACACAAACACACGCGCAGCGGUGAAAGAAACACUUGCACAACUGUACAUAACCAAAUUUUUAUACAUUAACUAGGUAUAUCGAUUAGCAUUCCAUUGCAAGCCUGCGAGAAAAGCAAGUCGAGGGAAGAAGAGCAGUAAUCAACUGCUAGCAGUCACAUCCGCAUCAGUAAUUAUUAAUUUUAAUUUGUUCGAUUCUUUUCUUUUCGAUUCAAGCAUAGAUUUGUUUGCUCUUUGCUCACAUCAAAGCCUUAACCAUUAUAUUAAUAUGCUUAUAAAUGUAUAAACAAUCGAGAGAUUAGAGGGAAAUAUUCGAGAUGAGAAGCAAAAACAGUAACAGAAAUAAGAAGCCCAUGCGAUAUGACGUUUGAUAUUUUUUUCUAAAACCUAGGCUUAGUCAGUGAUAAACCCUGUAUGUAUAAAUACCGUAUAUACAUACUCUUAUACAUAUGUUUAUGAAUUUUUGUUUUUUUUUUGUGUCCAUACAUCGUAAGCUAUGUUUAAAAAAUAAGUAAAAUUGCCUUACUCAAACACUAAAUCGACAAAAAAAAAAAGAUCUUUCAAUUGACAACUAAACCUAAAUUACUAAUCUACACUUUGUUAAAUCUUUUGCAAAACUAAUCUAUAUAUACCAGAACAAGAAAAUAUAUAAAUAUAAUAUGUAUACAAGAGAUAAAAGGAAUAAGAAAUGUAUUAUGUAUAAAUUGGUGGAAUCGAAGACCUUAAAGUGCUGCUAAAAUGGAAACUUUGCAACUCCUUCUAACGUGCGCCUUAUUACAGUUUAACGAAAAUCCAAUUUUGUAAUUUAUACUGUAUACAUAUGGUAGGAAAAGUCGAAUGAUAUAUAUAUAUAUAUACAAGCGUGUACUAAAUCGAGGUUAAACUUAUAUAUUUGUGUGUUUAUUGCUUGAUCAACGAUAUAUACAUAAUUAUACACAGAUAAAGCAGUUAAUUAUAUAUACAAGUGUGUGUACAAACAGCUGUGAACACCAAAAAGUGGCCUAAAGGAGCAUCCAACCCAAACAAAUGUAAUUCCCCCAACAAGUGCUUUGAAAUUAUUUCAUAUUUGUAAUUGCCUCGAGUUGAAAAAGAGUUAACCAACGAUACCGAUAAACGAUAAGCGAUAUAAUUAUAUCUAUGUUAAAUACGCAAACUAUUUAUAACAUGUAACAAACCCGAUGAGCUUGUCAAGCUUUUUGAGCACCGCCUUUUUCUCUAGAUCUACCAAGUCUACCAUAAUGUUAUGUCACCACGAUACUUCUCAAAUAACACUCAAGAAUGCGUGCCUAAUUGUCCCAAAUACGAUUUUUGCGCAUCUAACCGACAAAACCCUUUCCAUUGGAAAUGGAACUUUAAGAUAAAAAAUUGUAUUGAGCAUACAUACCUUAAGAAAAGUUUACCUCACACACAGAAACACUCGCACACUACACAAUACACACACACACACAUAGAAGGAACCCUAGAAUAUUGUAGGGUGGGACUUCGCUCGCCGACAAUUGAUAUUACGUUCAGCUUCCAACAAAAUUACCCAAAAUAUACAAAAAAAAAAAAAAAAA